GGAGACAGAACAAGAAAAGCAAGUUUUAUUUUUUAAAAUCAAUACUUGAAAACCUUGGUUUGGGUUUUGGGAUAGAGCAAUAUCCUACCUCAUUCUUGUUUGUCCUUUUUCUUAUAGAUCUGGCGUGCUUUUGAUCAGAGUUCCUCUGAUCUGAAGAUUUUGACGUUUGAGGCACUAAGAUAAUAGCCUGUGUUGUUCAUGGAGUUUUUCAUCAGUAUGUCUGAAACCAUUAAAUAUAAUGACGAUGAUCAUAAAACUCUGUUUCUGAAAACACUAAAUGAACAACGCCUAGAAGGAGAAUUUUGUGAUAUUGCUAUUGUGGUUGAAGAUGUGAAAUUCAGAGCACACAGAUGUGUUCUUGCUGCCUGCAGCACCUACUUUAAAAAGCUUUUCAAGAAGCUUGAAGUUGAUAGUUCUUCAGUAAUAGAAAUAGAUUUUCUUCGUUCUGAUAUAUUUGAAGAGGUCCUCAACUACAUGUACACGGCAAAGAUUUCCGUGAAAAAAGAAGAUGUUAACUUGAUGAUGUCAUCGGGUCAGAUUCUUGGGAUCCGAUUUUUGGAUAAACUCUGUUCUCAGAAGCGGGAUGUAUCUAGUCCUGAUGAAAAUAAUGGUCAGUCAAAAAGUAAGUAUUGCCUCAAAAUAAAUCGCCCCAUUGGAGAUGCUGCUGACACUCAGGAUGACGAUGUGGAAGAAAUUGGGGAUCAAGAUGACAGUCCUUCUGAUGACACGGUAGAAGGCACACCCCCAAGUCAGGAGGACGGCAAGUCACCCACAACAACACUCAGGGUUCAGGAAGCGAUUUUGAAAGAGCUGGGCAGUGAGGAAGUUAGGAAAGUCAACUGCUAUGGCCAGGAAGUAGAAUCCAUGGAGACCCCAGAAUCAAAAGAUUUGGGGUCACAGACCCCUCAAGCCUUAACAUUUAAUGAUGGGAUGAGUGAAGUGAAAGAUGAACAGACACCAGGCUGGACAACAGCUGCCAGUGACAUGAAGUUUGAGUAUUUGCUUUACGGUCACCACCGGGAGCAAAUUGCCUGCCAGGCAUGUGGUAAGACAUUUUCUGAUGAAGGCCGAUUGAGGAAGCACGAAAAACUCCACACGGCAGACAGGCCAUUUGUUUGUGAGAUGUGUACGAAAGGUUUCACCACACAGGCCCACCUGAAAGAACACCUAAAAAUCCACACGGGAUAUAAGCCCUACAGUUGUGAGGUGUGUGGAAAAUCAUUUAUUCGUGCCCCAGACUUAAAGAAGCAUGAGCGAGUUCACAGUAAUGAGAGACCGUUUGCGUGCCACAUGUGUGACAAAGCCUUCAAACACAAGUCCCAUCUCAAGGAUCACGAAAGAAGACACAGAGGGGAAAAGCCUUUUGUGUGUGGCUCCUGCACCAAGGCCUUUGCCAAGGCGUCUGAUCUGAAAAGGCACGAGAACAAUAUGCACAGUGAAAGGAAGCAAGUCACGCCCAGCGCCAUCCAGAGCGAGACAGAACAGUUGCAGGCCGCGGCCAUGGCCGCAGAAGCUGAGCAGCAGUUGGAAACAAUAGCCUGUAGCUAGAGGUGAUGGACCGGGCGCUCUGCCUGGGAAGCAGAGACAGAUCGCAAUUGAUCAUAAUGAAUGAACGGCAGUUACUAUAUUUUUGUGGCGAUGUAUGGAGCAUUGUACUCACUGGACUGAAGACAGUGCUUGCUUAGGUAGUUUUAAAACUUUUCCAGGAAAUAAUAUUCCUAAGUUCUGACCAAACAGUCUGUCCUAUCUAGUGUCUAGUAUUCAUGUGGCCAGGAAGCUCCCCUCCCCCAACUUUUUUAUGAUUUUAAUUUGAGAACUCCUCUGUUAGAAGUGAGAGACAUCUAUUCCAUUUUAGGUUCCUCUUAUACUCACUGGUGAGUGCACUGCACAGAGUGAUAAUUAAGUGAAUUAAUUUCCUAAUCAUCACAAUUCUAUGUGACUUACGGUCAAACAGCAGUUUUAAUAACUUAAAGUACUUCAGACACUGAAAAUAUCAGUGGGUGGUUGACUGAGAACACCAUGCAAAGAUGAAAAGUUCUGGAAAUGCAGAAUGGUAUUAGAUUUAUAUUUGGUUUGUUAAUUUUAUAUUGCUGUUUUUCACUGUUUUUUGGUGGACAAAUAGUGGUUGCUUUGCUGAAGGGUUUCUUCAUCCGUUUUGAUUGCCUGUACCUACCCCAGAAGCUGUAGUCACACAUCGUGAAGGCUGAGCAAACCCACCAGGAUGCUGGUGGUCUCGAGGCUGAGUUCUUAGGUUCUUCUUAGGCAUGGCUGCUCUACACCAGCUGGGAUUUGUGGAGCGAACCAGUGGUGAGAGGAGUAGAAAAGACAAGGUUUUACAUCUGCAGCUAUUCCAAGAUUGAUAGAUUGAAGUAAUUCUUAAUUGCUUUUGGAAUUGGAUUUUUGUUUAGGAUCAAAAUUAGGACAAGAACAGGUAAUGUUUCUUCAGAUCCAUUUGUGUAACAGGUAACUUAACAGAAUGUCGUCAGGCUUUGGGGCUCUCUGCAGCAACAUGAUUUACCCAAAAAGGAGAUACAAUCCGCUUACUUAAAUUAAUAAAUUUGAAAUCAUUUAAGCGUGUAAAUAGUGUUGGUCUUACAUAUUCCAAGUACAAGCAGAUAGCUGCACUUUUUUUUGCACAUUGGAUUAAAGUAACUUCCAUCAGCAACAAACAUCAGACUGUUUAUAACAGAUAUUAAAGAUUGUGAGGCCAAAUGUUUGUUUUGAAGGAUAUUGCAUCACUGGUUACCAUUUUAAAUAGAAGUUGAUUGCCUUUUCAAAGCCGUAAAUCAGAACUCUGUUCCAGUUUUGGUGUACUAAAUGUUCUUUUAACCAUUUCUUUCAGAAUAUAUUGAAUGCCAAUAAUAGUUUGAAUUAUGUUCUGUAAUAAAGUAUUAGUCAAUUCCUUUAGAAUAUGUAGUAUUGAAGAAAAUGUCAACUUUUUAAAAUUCAUCUUUGGUUGCUACGAUUUUUAAAAAAUAUAUUAAAAGUAAUUUCAUUUCAUAGCUUGUUGCAUUAACACCUGUAAUUACUAUUGUGGGAGGAAUUUUAUUUUUAAAAUUGGUGUAAAUGUUAUGCCCAAGAUUGUAGGAUGAAGAUGCUACCUUUUUUAAAAAAAUUUAUUUAUUGGUAAAAUGUUUAACUUAGCUUAAAAUUAAUUUAAUUUCUUGAAAAUUGUUUCUUCUAUCCUGAGAGUAGUCCUGUCACUGUGUUUUUAUGUUGUUAGUAGGAGGGGAACUGAUCGCUGUUCCUAGGCUGUUUUAACCAAAGCAAAGGAAAAAUACUUUAACGUCAGUAGCUACUUCAACAAACCUUAUUUUGAGCCUUCAUUUUCGUAUCCAAAAGAAAAUAUAUUUCUGUCA